CACUUUCUAAACAACGUCACCCCUUUUACCUGCUAUUUCUCAUCCCAAGAUGUCCGUUCCUGUUGCUUUCAACGAUAUUGGCAAGGCCAGCAAGGACCUUCUCAGCAAGGACUUCCCCGUCGGCAACACUAAGCUCGAAGUCAAGACCACCGCCCCCAACGGUGUUACCUUCAAGGUUAACGGUCUCCGUGAUAACAAGUCUGGUGUCAUCAUUGGUGACCUCGAGACUAAGUAUGCUGACAAGGCCAAGGGCAUCACCUUCACUGAAGCCUGGACCACCUCCAACCACUUGAACGGAAAGAUCGAGCUCGAGAACAACCUUGCCAAGGGCUUGAAGUUGGAAAUCUUGACCUCCCUCCUUCCUUCCGUUAACCAGAAGACCGCCAAGGUUAACGCUACCUACAAGCAGCCCAACGUCCACACCGUUGCCUCUUUGGAUGUCUUCAAGACCCACUUCUCCGUCAACACCGUCGUCGGUCACGAAGGUUUCCUCGCUGGUGGUGAAGUUGCCUAUGAUGUUCUCAACGGCAAGAUCUCCCGCUACAACGCUACCUUCGGUUACUCCGCUCCCGUCUACUCUGUUGCUGUCCACGCCACCAACAACCUUUCCCACUUCGCUGCUUCUUACUACCACCGUGUCAGCUCUGACAUCGAGGCUUCCGGUAAGGCUGCCUGGGACUCCAAGGGUACCAACCCUGUUGCCCUUGAAGUCGGUGCCAAGAUUCAAUUGGAUGCCACUGCCUUCGCUAAGGCCAAGAUCUCCAACACCGGUGUUGUUGGCCUUGGUUACACUCAAACUCUCCGCCCUGGUGUUAAGGCUUCCGUUGGUGCUUCCGUUGAUACUUCCAAGCUCAAUGAGAACGCUCACAAGCUCGGCUUUGCUUUCACCAUUGAAAACUAGAUUAGCCAUCAAAAAUGCAAUGAAAUUAUUUUGUUAGAAAUCUUACAAUAAAUGUGUUAAAUCAAAUCCACCCGGUAGAUGGAACUGUUGAAGGC